AUGAUCAUCAUGACAGGAGAAGAAGUGAAGACGGAUGGUUCACCUGUACCUGCGAGCACGCCACCAAAGACCCCAGCACCUGUGACCAGACGAACCUCCGACCUCAGCACGGAUCGUAGCAGUGCAACGAAACAAAGCCUCCCCGGCUCUUUGAAAGCCAAAGCCAAGGCUCUCAUGAAACCCAGAGGAAAAGGAAAAGGAAAGGGCAGCAAGGACCAGGCCAGCACACGGCUCCGUGGCAAGCAGCCUGCCCCACAGAACAUCGGUGAGAAUGGAGAUGCAGCUGCAAAGGUCCAAGAGGCCCUGCAGAGGGCCAGCACCGCUGAUCAAAUGAAGACCCCCGAGCUCAGUGGCUUGCCGAACAAGAAGAAGAGUAAGAAGCAAGAGAUGACAGAUGCAGAGAAAGCCCAGCUAGCAUUGCUGAAGGUGAACCCAGGCCUGAAGGCUGCAGCAGCUGUGGCUGCCACGGCUCAGACCUCGGAGGAGGAAUCUGAGCAGAAGCCAGAGGAGGCAUGCCGGAAGAAGAAGGGACAGAAUCGCAAGGAGUAUGCGAGGAAGC